AUCUUUGACAACUAUUCUCCCAAGUCUCUCCAAAAACCCCCCAGAGAGAAAAAGUAGAAAAGAAAGAUCAUUGACUCACAUUAAUGGCUAAGGUUACUUCUGAUUUUGCCACGGCAUGCAUACGGAUAGCAAUUCUAUACGUAUAUGUCAUGUCGGUGGCAGUCACAGCAAGAGUGUCGUCUGUGCAUCAUCAUUUGAGUGGCCAAGAAAAGCCCAUAACCAAUAUUUUUGAUACUUCCAGUUAUGGUAUUUUACAGCUCGAGAAUGGAUUGGCCAAGACGCCUCAGAUGGGAUGGAAUAGCUGGAAUUUCUUUGCCUGUAAUAUCAAUGAAAAAGUUAUCAAGGAAACAGCCGAUGCACUCAUUUUAACUGGUUUGGCCAAGUUAGGCUAUGAAUAUGUGAACAUAGACGAUUGCUGGUCUGAAUUAGUGCGGGAUUCUGAGGGUCAAUUAGUUCCUGAUUCUAGAGAAUUUCCAUCAGGAAUUAAAGCUCUUGCUGAUUAUGUGCAUUCAAAGGGCCUCAAGCUUGGUAUCUACUCUGAUGCAGGGGCUUUUACAUGUGAAGUUCAUCCUGGAUCACUUGGACAUGAAUACGAUGAUGCAGCACGUUUUGCAUCAUGGGGCAUUGAUUACCUAAAGUAUGACAACUGUUUCAAUUUGGGCAUCGAACCUAAAGAAAGGUACACAAAAAUGCGUGAUGCUCUAAAUGCAACUGGAAGGACCAUAUUCUAUUCACUUUGUGAAUGGGGCGUUAAUGACCCUGCCUUAUGGGCAGGCAAGAUUGGAAACAGUUGGCGAACAACAAAUGACAUCAAAGAUAAUUGGGAAAGCAUGACUACAAUUGCUGAUCUCAAUGACAAGUGGGCAGACUAUGCGGGGCCUGGUGGAUGGAAUGAUCCUGAUAUGUUAGAAGUUGGAAAUGGGGGGAUGACUUACCAGGAGUACCGAGCACAUUUUAGCAUUUGGGCUUUGAUGAAGGCUCCUCUUUUGAUUGGUUGUGACGUAAGAAACAUGACUUCUGAGACAUUUGAAAUUAUAAGCAACGAGGAAAUUAUUGCUGUAAACCAAGAUCCACUUGGGGUUCAAGGAAGAAAAGUUUAUGCAUACGGGCCUGAUGGUUGCUAUCAGGUUUGGCCGGGUCCAUUGUCUGGAAGUCGUCUUGUUGUUUCUCUGUGGAACCGGAGUUCAAAAAAUGCCACUAUUACUGUUAAUUGGGCUGCACUUGGACUUGAAUCUUCUACCCAUGUCUCUGUAAGAGAUUUGUGGAAGCACGAAUUUGUUUCUCUGAAUUCUGCAUCCUCAUUCACUGCUCAAGUUGAUUCUCACAGCUGCGAAACGUAUGUUUUCACUCCAGUGAUGGUGACAAGCUCAUCUACUUAAAUUGUUACUCGAGUAAGCUUCGCUUCUUGUUACAGCCUUUUUUAUAUGGUUGAUAUCGAUGUUGAUUGCAAAUGAAAUUAGCAUCAUUUGUGAUUGCAAUGAAGGAGCAAAACGAUAAGCAUUAUGCCCAUUGUUGUGGUAAUGUGUCAUUCAUUGUUGCUAUAUCUGUAGUAUAACUCAUUGUCUGAAAUAAGGGUGCAAAAUUUAUAGUACUUCUCUCCUAGUCCAGAGAAUACUGGAACUGGAAUCACACAGUGAGUGUGACUUGUAUCAGUUUGACAGUUCAAUAUUGUAUUGCAAUAUAUGUGUUUGCAUGCGAGUGCUCUCUUGCUGUAAACCGAAUUAAUCUACUGUUUUUUUUUUCUU